AUACAUUGUUGAUUUAUGUUAAAACAGGUGAUUAUUCAAGGAUUUAAGUCUUAUCGUGAACAGACAAUUGUCGAGCCUUUCGAUCCAAGGCACAAUGUAGUAGUUGGCAGAAACGGCUCUGGCAAGAGUAACUUCUUUUAUGCGAUUCAAUUUGUCCUGAGCGAUGAAUUCUCCCAUCUUAGACCUGAACAGAGGCAAGCGCUGCUGCAUGAAGGAACUGGGCCUCGUGUUAUAUCUGCUCACGUAGAGAUCAUAUUUGACAAUGCUGAUGGGAGAUUACCGAUUGAUAAAGAUGAAGUUUAUUUGAGACGAGUGAUUGGUUCGAAGAAGGAUCAAUAUUUUCUUAAAAAGAUAGUAACGAGGAACGAUGUAAUGAAUUUAUUAGAGUCAGCAGGAUUUUCUAGAUCUAAUCCUUAUUACAUUGUGAAGCAGGGAAAGAUAAAUCAAAUGGCAACAGCACCAGAUUCACAAAGAUUAAAAUUAUUAAGAGAAGUAGCAGGUACUAGAGUAUAUGAUGAUAAAAGGGAAGAAUCAAAGUCCAUUUUGAAAGAAACAGAAGGAAAACUAGAGAAAAUUGAAGAUUUUUUACGAACUAUAGAGGAGCGUUUAAAGACACUCGAAGAAGAGAAAGAGGAAUUGAAAGAGUAUCAAUUCUGGGACAAACAACGUCGUUGUUUGGAAUAUACUAUCCACGAACGCGAACUCAAGGAAAAUAAAAAGAAACUAGACGACCUCGAGAAGUCUAGGGCGAAUAGCGGAGCCGAACAGGCGAGAUUGGGAGCAGAAGCAAAAACUGCGCAAGAGAUGGUACGUGCAGCUACAAAAAGACUAAAGGAAGCAAAAAAGGAAGUACAGACUGCUAAAGAAGAGAGAGAUACUCUUAGUGCAGAGCAACAGCAGUUAUUAAAAGAAAAGAACAAAUUGACUUUUACUAUCAAUGAUUUACUGGAAGAAGUAAAAGGUGAUAAUGACAGCAGAAAACGCGCUCAACAAGAAUUGGAAAAGUUAAAAUCUAAUAUUAAUGAAAAGGAAAAAGAACUAAGCGAUCUUAAACCACAAUAUGAUCAAAUGAAACGAAGAGAGGAAGAGUGUUUACGAGAAUUACAAUUAAAAGAGCAGAAACGUAAAGAAUUGUAUGCUAAACAAGGUCGUGGCAGUCAAUUCACUACUAAGGAUGAAAGAGAUAAAUGGAUUCAAAAUGAACUUAAACAGCUCACCAAACAGAUAAAGGAUAAAGAGGACCAUCAGAAAAAAAUUAGCGAGGAUUUAAAACGCGAUGGCGAGAAACAGAUUGCUCUGGAAAAGAAGAUAGGAGAUCACACACGCGAGAUGGAACGACAACGUACAUCAAUAGAUGAUCAUAACAAGCAGUAUUACGAACUCACUAAAUCGAAGGAUCAGUGUCAAGCGACUCGAAAGAACAGUACAUAUCGGCAAGAGAGUGUAUUGCAAUUGAAUUUAUCUGGUCUAAAGGAAGAUUUAGCGAAAGCGGAUCAAAGCUUAAGAUCCAUGGCUGGUAAACCUAUUUUGAAUGGCAGGGAUAGUGUUCGCAAAGUACUAGAUACUUUCCGAGAACGGGCAGAUAUGGCUCAUGAAGUAAGCAGUUAUUACGGGCCUGUAAUUGAGAAUUUUAAUUGCGAGAAGAGCGUUUAUAUGGCUGUUGAAGUGACUGCUGGAAACCGAUUGUUUCAUCAUAUUGUGGAAACUGACAAAUUUGGCACAAAGAUCUUAAAAGAAAUGAACAAUCAGCGGUUGCCAGGAGAAGUUACUUUCAUGCCUCUAAAUAGACUUCAUGUGAAGGAUAUCGAUUAUCCACAAACUUCUGAUGCUAUACCCAUGAUUUCCAAAUUGAAUUAUGAUCCUAAAUUUGAUAAGGCAUUAAGAUAUAUAUUUGGGAAAACUUUAAUCUGUCGUAAUCUGGAAGCAGCUACUACUUUGGCACGAGAUUCUGGUUUAGAUUGUGUUACAUUAGAAGGAGAUCAAGUAUCAUCCAAAGGCUCCUUAACUGGUGGUUAUUUCAACACGCUCAGAUCAAGACUUGAAAUACAGAAAACCAGAUCUGAAUUAAUGUCUCAAAUUUCUACCCUCGAGACUCAAUUAACGACGCUUAAGGAUGAAAUUAGAAAAGCGGAUCAAAAUAUCAGUUCUUAUGUUAGUGAAAUGCAAAAGACCGAAACUAGAAAUAGUAAAGCCAAAGAUAUAUAUGACAAAAUGAAAGCGGAAAUUCGCAUUAUGAAGGAAGAGUUGAGCGGGAUUGAAAGAUGUCGGACACCGAAAGAAAGGAGCCUCGCGCAGUGUCAAUCAAGUUUAGAAGCGAUGCGUGCGACUAAAGACGGCUUGGAGAGUGAAUUACAUCAGGAACUUAUGGCGCAUUUAUCCGUCACUGAUCAGCGUCAGGUGGAUACUUUAAAUGACGAGAUAAGGCGUUUAACAAAGGAGAACAAGGAAGCAUUUGCGAGGCGAAUGCAAUUGGAAGCAGAAAAGAAUAAAUUGGAAAAUUUAUUAACAAACAAUUUAGUGAGAAGAAACGAUGAGCUGGUUCAAGCUUUACAAGAGAUAUCUGUUGAAGAUCGACAACGACAACUCGACUCGUCCAAGACUCAGUUGGCGGAUAUUGAAAAGAGAUUAAUGAAAGUAAACGAAGACAUUAAAGGACAGAAUGAAAAAGUGACUACUGCUACGAAGAAGCAAAAAUCAGAGUCUAAUGAAGUCGAAAAAUGGAAAUUGAAAGAAAAAGAAGCACAGGAGAAGAUCGAAGCUGAUGCAAAGGACUUUGAAAAAUUAGCGAGUAAAUUAAAUAUCUUGCAGCAAAAAAUAGCGGAAUGUACACAAAAAAUUACUGAACUAGGUGCACUGCCGAGUCAAGAAAUUUAUAAUAAGUUUAAUAAUAUGUCCACAAAACUACUUUUUAAAGAAAUGGAAAAAGCAAAUAACCAUUUAAAAAAAUAUAGCCAUGUAAAUAAAAAAGCCUUGGAUCAAUUCAUGUCCUUCAGUGACCAGAAAGAAAGAUUAGUGAAACGAAAGGAAGAAUUAGAUCGAGGUGAUGAGAAAAUAAAAGAACUCAUGUCAGUUCUCGAACAACGCAAGUGCGAGGCGAUACAAUUUACGUUUAAGCAGGUGAGCAAAUACUUCAGUGAAGUAUUCAAGAAACUUGUACCUUCGGGACAUGCACAAUUAGUCAUGAGAACUGCGGAUGGCGACGAAGGAGAUGAUGGAACAGCGGAACCAUCUGAUUCUGAUAGAUUUAUUGGCGUCGGUAUAAGAGUGUCAUUCACGGCACACAGAGGUGAAAUGCGAGAGAUGAAUCAAUUGUCUGGUGGACAAAAGUCGCUUGUAGCAUUGGCCCUGAUAUUUGCAAUUCAAAAAUGCGAUCCAGCACCAUUUUAUUUAUUUGAUGAAAUCGAUCAGGCAUUGGAUGCACAACAUAGAAAGGCAGUAGCAGAUAUGAUCCACGAGCUCAGUUCGGAUGCGCAGUUCAUUACUACGACUUUCAGACCGGAAUUAUUGCAUCAUGCGAAUAAAUUCUACGGGGUAAAGUUCAGAAAUAAAGUUUCGCAUGUUGAAUGCGUGACGCAGGAAGAAGCCGCCGAUUUUGUCGAGGACGACACAACACAUGGUUAAAACAUAGAAAUAUCUUAUUCAGAAAUUAUCUCAUGUAUGAAAUUAUUUUUCAGUAAUGAAUAUCAAUGAUUAAUUUUUUAUUUUAA